AUGGAUGCUCAAGACAGUCCUCCGCGGCCGGGAGAACCUCCCCGCACUCCUCCCCACCCCCCAUACUCUCCCAUUACCCCCGUCCUCUCCCACGCCCCCAUGCUUCCCUCGCCAUCACCAAUGCAGCAGGCUAUCCCACCUCCCUCCACCUUUGCCGCCACCGCCUUCUCUCUUGCCACUGCUAACCCCGCGAAUACCAAUGCGCUGCCUGUAUCUACCCCUGCAGCCUCAUUUAUGGUUGAGCCUGCACCGAUACCCAUAUCUGAGAGUGACAACCCAGAUGUCAUCGCCUUGCGCUCCGCCAUCUCCAUCCUCCAGAUGCAAAAACAACAGGCACUACGUGACAUGAAAACGCUAGACCAAAUGAAACAAGCUGCGGUGGAACAUCCCGAAGAGUUUGCGAGGGAACUCGCCAAAGGGAACCUGGCCUCCAAGGCAGGCGACAUCUUCAACCCCACCGCCCUCGAUGAUGAUGAAGGUGAACAUGCAGGUGGAACAACAGCCCAGGUGGAUGCAAGUACGACUAGCGUUAGGGAUGAAGACGCUAUGGAUGUCCACCAGCAGUCACUUCCGUCCUUUGGAAAAAUUCCCACGCCGCAAAAAGUUGUGCGCAUGCCGCCUAUCAACUGGGCUAAAUAUCACAUCGUUGGCGAAUCGCUGGAUAAGCUGCAUGAAGAGCAAAGACGGCGCCCAACGCCCGGGGAACCGCGGAGGGAUGAUGUCCCGCCUCGGCAAAGAGCACCGGAGCAUUUCAUCGCGGCGCCGUACCGGCCAUUUACGGAUAAUCUGGAGCAACCUAUGAAAACGCGGAGUAACAGUAGAGCAAAGAAGUGA